AUGGGCAGUGCUGAAGACCCAGCCUGGUUCCAGCUGCUUCCGACAGACUCCAGCCCCCACAGUCCCUUCUGCUGCCCACAGGAUGGGAGCCUGGGUGCUGGGGGCCCGGCCAUGAGGGACUGCUGCCYCUCCCAGCAAAAGGCCAGUCCUGCAUGCCUCAGGCACACCCCUGACCACACCCCAGGCAUGGACUCCAGACACAGCAGCCCCAGUGGAGCUGGGGAAGGGGCCUCCUGCUCUGAGGACCCYACUGGGAACUUAGCCUGCCCCUCUGCCACCUGCCUCCCUUCCCAAGAGGAAGCCACCAAGGAGACAUUGGGGAUACAUGGAGCCUUGAUCUCAGGGACACCAGAAACCACUUUGUCUAGGAAGCCAGAGAUUGUGCCCUCACUGAAAACUGAUCCCACGUCCUCAGAGAACAGAAAUCCUGUGUUCCUGGAGAAGAGAGAUUUAGAUUUCAAUUCUUCAAAGCAGGCAGAUUUGGGAUCCAUAGGAAAGAAAGAUGCUGGUUCCACAAGAAAGGCAGAGCCUGUGUUGACAGGAAAGGCAGAAUCUGCAGCCUCUGUAAAGGGGGAUCCUGUGCCUCCUGGAAGGAUGGAUUACACGACUCCAAGAAAGGAGGAUCUUGAAUCCUUGGGAAAAGUAGAUCCUGUGUGCUCCAGCAAGGUUGACACAGUGUCCCCAAAGGAGGAUCCUGGGUCUUUGAGAAAGGUGGAUCCUGUUUCCUCAGGCAAAGUGGAUCCCAUGUUCCCCAAAAAGGAGGAGCCUGAGUGUCAUAGAAAAGAGCACCUUGUGUCCUCAGAAAAGGUGGGCUCUGCAUCCACAGAAAAGAUAGAUCCUGGGCCCUCAGGCAAGGUGAAUCCUGUAUCCUUGAGAAGCACGGAUCCCACACCCACAGAAAAACCAGAUCCUGGGCUCUUGGGAAAGCUGACUCCAGGGGUAUCAGGCAAGACUGAGCCUGUAUUCUCUGGAAUAGGGACUCCUGGGUCCUUGGGAAGGGUGGAUCCUACAUGCUCAGGGAUGGCAGAUCCUGCAUCUGUGGAAAAUGCAGAAAUGGUGUCCUUGGCAAAAGAGGACCCUCAGUUCCUGGCAAAGACAGACCCUGCCUCCUCAGGGGAGGGGCAUCCUGUGUCUGUGAGAAUGACAAAAACAGUGUCUGCUGGCCCAGUGGAUCCCAUGUUUUCCGGAAAAAUAGAUCCCACAUCUGUGAAAAGUACUGUUCCUGUGUCUCUAGGCAAGAUGGAUCCAGUUUCCUUGGAAAAGGUGGAUCCCAUGUCCUCAGGAAAGCCAGAGCCCUUGUCUUCUGGGCAGGCAGAACAUGUGUCUAUGGGAAAGACAGUAACUGUAUCUUUAGGAAAAGAGGACCUGGUGUCUUCCAGAGGGGUGGAUCCCACAACUGAGAGAAACACAAAAUUACCAUCUUCUGAAAAAGUGAAUCCUGAAUCUUCAGGCAAGACAGACCCUGCGUCCUCAGGUCCAGGGGACCCCAGGUCCUUGGAAACAGGAGUUUUUCCACCUGCAGUAAAAGCUGAGGCCGUGACUGAGGAAAAAGGAGAUUCAUGGUCCUUGGAGAAGGCAGGUCCUACAGUCUCAAGGAAAGCUGAUCCUCUGGUUUUAGGCAAUGUGGACCCUGUGAGCAGGGGAAAGACAGAAACUGCCCCCUCUAGAGAAGUGGACUCCAUGUCUUUAGGAAAGUCCCCCAUGACUUAUAGCAAAACAGGUCUGGUGUCCCCUGGGAAGGCAGAUCCCAUGGACUGCGGUAAAGCAGAAGCCAUCCCAGAGGAAAAGGUGGAUCCUCCAUCCCUGGAGAAGGGGAAUCCUGUAAACUCCACAAAGAAGGAAACCAAGGCCUUGGGGAAAGUUGAGCCCAUGUCUGGGGGCAAGGCAGAAGCAAAGCUCCCUGGACAAGAGUGUGCCACAUCGUCAGGAAAAGCAGAAGGGUUGUUUUUGCAAAAGGAGCAGCCACAGACCUCUGAGAAAGUAGAUCCGGGAUCCUCAGGAAAAGCAGAUCCCGUUGUGUCUGGGAACGUGGAGCCUGUGUCCCAGGACGACUCUGCAUCUCCAAGAAAAGCAGAGUCCCCAUCCUCUGGAAAGGGGUUUUCCAUUCCGAAGAAGACCGAGUCCUCUUCCAGGCAAUCAGAUGGCAAACCCUGYAGUUCAGCCCCAUCUCCCCGCGGUGGUCCUGGGAGCUUGGAGAGYGGUGUGGAGCCAGAGCCCGCCCCCAACGCUAAGACCUCCAGCCUCUGCCAGAAAGACCUGGUGGCCACUGAGGCCGAAAAAAGCCCCCAUGCGGAGGCCGCAGCGCCCCAGCCGGGACCACGGACUCGCGACAACUUCACCAAAGCGCCGUCGUGGGACGCAAGCGCCCCGCCACMGCCGCCGCGCGAGGACGCAGGCACACAGGCAGGGGCGCAGGCCUGCGUCUCGGUGGCCGUGAGUCCCAUGUCUCCGCAGGACGGCGCGGGCGGCCCGGCUUUCAGCUUCCAGGCAGCGCCUCGCGCGUCCAGCCCCACGCCCAGGCCUCCCUCGCGCCGAGACGCAGGCCUGCAGGUGUCGAUGGGCGCCGCCGAGACGCGCUCCGUGGCCACUGGGCCCAUGACGCCUCAGACCGCCGCGCCCCCUGCCGCGCCCCCUGCCUUCCCCGAAGUGCGGGUACGGCCCGGCUCGGCACUGGCGGCCGCCAUGGCUCCCCAAGAGGCGGCGGAACCAGUGCGCGACGUGAGCUGGGACGAGAAGGGAAUGACGUGGGAGGUGUACGGCGCCGCUAUGGAGGUGGAGGUGCUGGGCAUGGCCAUCCAGAAGCAUUUGGAGCGACAAAUCGAGGAGCACGGCCGCCAAGGGGCGCCCGCGCCGCCGCCAGCCGCGCGCGCAGGCCCUGGCCGAGCAGGCUCGGUGCGCGCCGCAGCCGCUGAUGGCGCCGCCAAACGCCCGCCUGGCCUCUUCCGCGCGCUGCUGCAGAGUGUGCGCCGGCCGCGGUGCUGCUCGCGGGCAGGACCCACGGCCGAGUGA